GAUGGCGCAGGACCCCAUGGAGGGGGAAUUGAUGGGCGGCGACCCUAUGUCCAAGCUCACCGACGACAUCCUCGUGGAUAUCAUCUCUCGCUUGCCCUACAAGUCCACCUGCUGCUGCAAGUGCGUCUCCACGCGCUGGCGCGACCUCUUCUCCCACCCCGACCACCGCAAGAAGCAGCCCCAGCCCCUCGCCGGCUUCUUCCACGAUGGCUGCAACAACAACCAGUUCCCCAAGACAGCUCGAUAUUUCACCAAGGUCUCUGGGGAAGGCGGCCCUCUCGUCGACCCGUCACUAUCAUUCCUGCCCCAGUACGACAGCCUUGACAUCUUGGACUGCUGUAAUGGACUUCUCCUCUGCCGCUGUUGGAAGACAGCUGAUCGCAAGACAUUGGAUUACGUGGUGUGCAACCCGGCCACGCAGAAAUGGGUCGUCGUGUCUGCCACCGAUUGGUCCAGCAAGGUAAAGGUCGCUCGCCUCGGAUUCGACCCAACGGUCUCCUCUCACUUCCAUGUGUUUGAGUUCAUUGAUGAGAAGGCCUGGGGUAUAGAUGAAUCUGAGCUAACCCCUUGUGACGGACGCAUUGAAACACUAGCGAUAUACUCGUCUGUUGUUGGAGUUUGGAAGCAUCAAAGCCUGGACAGCUUUGCAUUUGCAAUACCCAAGGAUUCAAAAGGCGUUUUUGUAAACGGGGUCCUGCAUUCGGCUACCUCUUAUAAGUUUAUAGCAGCUGUUAACGUGGAAGGAAAUGAAUGGCGGUUCAUUGAUAUCCGUGUGCCACCAUACUAUGAUGAUGCUCGCGACGAUGCUAUUUUUGUAUCACAGGGACAGUUGUAUCUCACUAAUAUUUAUGCUGGUUCUGAACUAUUAGUCUGGGCUCUUGAGGACUACAAUGUUGAAAAAUGGACUUUGAAGCACAAUGUCAGCCUCCUGGAGCUGUUUCGAUCGAGCACCUGGGGCAAGACUCCUUAUCUUCCAUAUGUUCCCUUGUUCUCGGAGGCAUUGGCAGAUGGUGAUGCAGACUGCUAG